CCCUGCCUGGGCUUGUCUUCAAUAAAAGACAAGCAAAAAGAGCGAUUUUCAUCUACCUUUCUGCGCGAUCUCGCCUGGGUCUAAGACGAAAACAAAAGAAAUAUCGAGAAAGAUUUUAUCCAUGGCACUAGGCGCCCUCUUCUCGGCCCUAGUAGCCAUCUUGGCUAUGCUGGCCGGCAAACGGCCGGUCAGCACCUCGGCUGUUGCCGCUCUCGCGGUAGCAUCGUCCUUCGGCCGCGGGCCCGCCACUCGCAAUCGCUCUCGCUCUCGGGCGCCUCUCAGGGCGUCACCCCUCCCCCGCCUUUCUCUCAUCCUCCUUCUGGGCGCCUUUGUUCCCUUGGUUUCGGCCGCACCGUGGAGCCCUGAUCUCUGCGUCAGGCCCACGAGCAUCGGGGGCGGCAGCGGCGGCGCCCCCUUCACGAUUCUCGGUUCGGCCGGCUCCUCUGUCUCGACGUUGCGCCUGUACCGCAACAACGGGGCCGAGGGUUACCUUCGGGGACUCGUCGCCGUCUUCUCGGACGGCAACGAAAUGAUCGCAGGGGUCCGCAAAGACCAGUACUCGGAGCUUACCCUCGACGAGGGUGAGAUCAUCACGGGCAUGACGCUCUGGGCCCUGACGCCCUCGGCCAAGGGCAGGAAGGCCAAGACCGCGGCCACUCCGCGGGCCGCCCGCAUCGACAUCACGACCAACCACCGCUCCUGGGGCUACGGCGUCGAUAACACGGCCAAGCUCUCGAACAAGGCCGUCAACGUGGCCUCGGGCGUGCUGGUCGGUUUCCAGGGCCGGGCCGGCGACGACCUGGAUCAGGUUGCCCCGAUCUUUCUCGAGACGCUGUCCGAGUCUGUCGUCGACGACGUCGUCUUCGAGAGGAUCCCCGGCAACGACGGCCUGGUCCUGGAGACGCUCAAGGAGGGCACGGCGGUCUGGAAUGGGACCGACUACUCGUACACCUUCUCCGGCAGCACCGCGCGCGACGCCUCGACGACCUUCACGAGCGCCACCAGCAACGGCCUGUCGCUCAAGACGACCUUCAAGACAUCGCUGCCCCGGGUGCUCGAGUCCGGCCUGGACGCCGGGUGGGACUUUGGCGCCACCCAGACGCAGGAGCGGCACACGGGCCGCUCCGCCCAGCUCUCCUGGAGCUCCACCGUCCAGAUGAGCGCCGACACGCCGGCCGUCUUCUGCUCCGCGAUGGUCUGGCGCGGCCAGAUCACCCUCCGCUGGUCCGGCACCCAGACCGUCUCGGCCGGCGACGCCUCCGUCUCCUUCCCCACCUCCGGUCUCCUCAACCACGUGGACUACGGCAAGGUCGAGACGGUCUGCCGGCCCAUGGCUGCUCCCGAGUCAUCUUCGUCGGACAACGACACGGUGGCCAAGAGGUGGGUUGCUUAAGCACCCCCUCUUUCUCCGGCCCUGUCUUUUUUGGGUUCUGGUUAUUUUGGGUUUCCGGUGGGUUGAGUUUACACGGCGAACUCCCGCCCCUGGGCAUGCAUUUGGUUCGGCUGGCCGAGGUCUCUGAGGGAACUCUUGGGUAUUAUGAGUUGA